UCUCGUAGAUCAUAACAAAGGCAUCUGAAAUCGUUUGUUAGCUCAGGCUCAAGCCAAAGAAGGAUAACAAGACAACUGAUGAUGGGAGGGCAAAGGUUCAGAAUAUGUAAGAAAAUGUUUCUCAUUUAUUCAUUUGGUAUAGCAACCCCGGCGAGGGCGCCACCGCAUGUGAUCAACCGCAAAUUACUUCAUCAUAAAACCAACGGAUUCUGGAGAAAAGAGAAUUGCAUCCUUACCUUGGAAUUGCAAGGAAAAAUCACACGGAUUCCUGCUUGAAAUUCUGCCUUUUGGACCUCAAAAGGUGCAGCAGAUGGUGAUCAACAAGAGCUCGAAAAUUUUAGCUCAACUGUCGGGUGAAGAUAAGGGAGCGGCCGGCACAAGUGGCGUAGUCAGCAAGGCAAAACAGAAAAUCCGAAAAUUUCGCAUUAGGGCAAACGGGUAUUUUCAGCCCGCACACUCUCAGAUAGCCGAGCCCUCAAAAAAGUCAUUGGAGGCUCCCAGGUGAACGCUGCUCCAGAGAACAUCCACCCGAACGGCAGAUAAUCGUCGACAUCUGAUUCCGUCACAAUGGGCGAAGCAUCGAUUGAGGGAUCCAACUGGCGCCUCGUUGAGGUCGGCCGUGUCGUGCUGAUCAACGGCGACCACCCCUACAACGGCCGCCUGGCCGCCAUCGUCGAGAUCAUCGACCACAAGCGAGUUCUCGUCGAGGGCCCUUCCUCAGACCCCAAGCUCAAGGUUCCCCGACAAGCCCUGCACCUCAGCAAGGCUCUCCUCUCCCAGUUCGUCAUCGAGGACCUGAACCGGGGCUCCCGACACACCGCCCUGGCCAAGGCCUGGGAGAAGGCUGAGAUCGACGCCAAGUGGCAGGGCAGCAACUGGGCCAAGAAGCGCGAGCAGAUUGCGCGGAGGAAGGCUCUGACCGACUUCGACCGUUUCAAGGUCCUCCGCCUCAAGAAGCAGCGACGAUUCGAGGAGCGCAAGGCUCUGGCCAAGAUCAAGGCCUCCGCAUAAAUUCAAGGAUGUCGGCUCUGGAGUCAUGGAGGGAGGGGUUGAAUGGAUGGUAUUAGAAUGAGGGAUACGGACUUGGGCAGGAAACACAAUCAACAGCAGCAAAAAGUUCUGCUGGAUUCAUUUUUGCUCCCGUUCUGGAAGGGCUGUAUGUUGUCACAUCUCAUCG